AGCGCUCCCUGCGAGGGGUUUCCACGGCGCAUGUUUGUGCGUAACGCAUCAUGUGAUGUAAUACGGUUACCCAUCGAUUUAAUUGCAAGUACAACGGCAUGCUCGAGUAAGUCGGUAUUUGCAUAUGGAUUAGGGUGUGCGUGUUUUUCCCUGGGAAGCGCGGAGCUGUCCCAAACUGAUGGAUGCUGUCGCUGCUGCCGCGUGAACCGGUGAUGCUGCUGCGCUCGAGCCGCUGAGCUUUCUCUCUCUCUCUCUUGUUCGCUUGCUCGCUCUCUUUCCCUUUCACACACUCUCUCUCUCCAUCCUCUCCCUCCUCGCUCCUCUCCUCCACACGCACAAAACGCUCUGUCAUGGCGUCUUCCAACCAUGUUACCCCUACCAACUGUAGCUGGUGGCCCAUCUCAGCCAUGGAUGAAGACGGCAAAAUCACAGACGGGGAGGAGUGCGAAGAACCGGCGGCAGAGCCCAAACCCUUCAACAAAGACAGGCUCGUUUUGUACCACUGGACGCAAUCUUUCACCUCCCAGAAGGUACGGCUCGUCAUUAAUGAGAAGGGUCUUGUCUGUGAGGAGAGGGAUGUGAGCUUGCCACUGCAGGAGCACAAGGAGCCCUGGUUCAUGAGGCUGAACCUGGGCGAGGAGGUGCCCGUCUUCCUCCAUGGAGACACCAUCAUUAGUGACUACAACCAGAUUAUAGAUUACAUGGAGAAAACCUUUGUGGGAGACACAGUGGCUCAGCUGAUCCCUGACGCAGACUCGCCUCUCUACGAUCGUGUGCAGCAGUACCGUCAGCUACUGGAUGGUCUGCCCAUGGAUGCGUACACACAUGGCUGCAUCCUUCAUCCAGAGCUCACGACUGACUCUAUGAUCCCAAAGUACGCCACAGCAGAAAUACGUAGACAUCUGGCCAACGCUGCGACAGAGCUGAUGAAGCUGGACCAUGAGGAGCCACAGCUGACAGAACCGUACCUCUCCAAACAGAAGAAGCUAAUGGCAAAAAUCUUGGACCAUGAUAAUGUGAACUACCUGAAGAAAAUUCUGGGGGAGUUAGCCAUGGUUUUAGAUCAAGUGGAAGCUGAACUGGAGAAAAGAAAACUAGAGUAUCAAGGCCAAAAGUGUGAGUUGUGGCUUUGUGGACCUGAAUUUACACUAGCUGACAUCUGCCUCGGAGCCUUGUUGCACAGGCUCAAGUUCUUGGGACUUUCUAAGAAAUACUGGGAGGACGGCAGCCGGCCCAACCUGCAGUCCUUUUUUGUGCGUGUGCAAAAACGCUACGCUUUUCGAAAGGUCUUGGGUGACAUCCACACGACCCUCCUGUCGGCAGUCCUACCCAACGCCUUCCGGAUGGUAAAAAAGAAGCCGCCGUCCUUCUUCGGGGCCUCUUUUCUCAUGGGUUCACUGGGUGGGAUGGGCUACUUUGCCUACUGGUAUUUAAAAAAGAAAUACAUGUAGUGAAUGCCCACUUGUUGUGUUAUAUGUCUGUGUAUUUGUGUGAUGUUUAAACUUUUCUGUAAUGUUUUAUGACUGCAGGAAAACAUAAUGAAUCUAUAUAGAGAACACUAUUACUUACCUGGGUGAACAAAGAAAUAUUAAAACAUUCCAUAAUAAAAAAUUCUUAACAGCACAUUUUCUGGUAAUCAAGGCCUUCGUUAAAGUUUAAUUACUGGAAACUUGCAGCUCUUGUGCAUGCAAGUCCUCAUUUAACUUUUGUUGAAGGCAUGCAUCAGGUCCACCUACACUGAAAUCUUAAAGUGAAAAAAAAACCCAGAUAAAACUUUAAACACAACAACAACAGGGGUUAACUGACCUUCGCAUGCCACUAUUAUAGUCACUACUCAUACCUGCUCCUCACUCCUCCAUCUACCUGAGGUAUAACCAGUAAAACCACAGGGACAUGUACAUGACGAUUACUUUCUGAAAAGUGCUGUGCUGCCAGAAACUGCCACAUGUAAUGAUGAAAGGAUGGAGGCAAACUUUAAAGGUAUGCUUUGACAUUUUGGGAAAUGUGCUUAUUGGCUUUAUUGAUGAGGCGUGGAUGAGAAGAUCGAUACUACUCUUUGUGUAGGUGUUAAAUAUGAAGCUACAGGCCAAGAGGGUGAUUAGCUUAGUUUAAACACUGAAAACAAGCGAAACAGCCGCUCUGUCACAGAAAUGUAAACAGCAUGAAACAGAAGCCAACACCAGUAAAUGCCUUUGUCUCAUUUAAAUAUGAAAAACAUAAUUAUGCUUCACUGUUAACAUACUAGGUCUAAUCAAAUUAUCACACUUAGCUUGUGAUAAUUCAGUGAAAUUGUCACACUCCACGUGUAAUUUGAUUAAACACAAACACAUUAGCUAUAUUUUGCAAUAUGCCAGCGUGAGGACAGUAGAAUCUGAUAUAUUAAAACUAAGCAGAUAAUUAGGAUAAUGAUGGAAGGCGCGCUUCAGUCAAUAUUGUGCUUAAGUGGUGCAAAUCACUUAACACAUUUCUAAUGAAUUAAACUGCCACUCCACUUUGGGUGGCAUGGCAUUGCGGUGUGGUGGUUUGCACUGUUGACUGGGAGCACUCACUAUGUGCUGGGUUUUUCUUUCAGCAGCUCCAUAGAUGUUCACGUUGGGUUAAUUUUUGCUUCUAAAUUGGCCAUAGGUGUGGAUGUGAGUAAGACAAAGUGAAAAUGUGAAUGUUUGGUUUGUAGUGGAAAUGCUUUGAAUGGUCCAGUCAGACUGUGUCGGUUCCACUUUACCUGGUUGUUAGCCCUAUUUUUUAAUCUCAAGUAGAGUAUCAAACAUACAUAAAGUGUGUCACAUUACAAGAUAUGAAUAUCUUCCAGUGUCACAACGAAUCACGAAGGGGAAAGGUUAAAAAAGAAAGUUUAAAAACAAGAGCAGAAGAAGAAAUCUGCUUUUGUCUAUUUGUGUUUCUUUUGGGGGACUAAACCUUGCUCCUGAUAGAAGCAUGUUAGGGAAACUAAAGGUGCAAAACAGUGUGUGGGUCUUUGAAAAGACCGUCAUUUCAUGCAAAUGUUUCCAGUCUUAAUGCUGAGCUAAGCAGCUGUAGCAGCUUCAUGAUCAUGCACACAAUAAAAGCAGUACCCAUCUUCUCAUCUAACCCUCAGAAAUAAAGUGGAAAAAUCUCCCAAACUAUAAAAGUGCUCCUUUAACUUAUUGUACACCCAAUAUGUAAUAACACACAGAGACAUGCACACGUGUGUCCAGAGUCAGUUUAUUUAGAGCACCACAGAUCACACAGCACACAGUGGUCCACUGUCACUAUCUUGUCGCUGAGCAGAGGAAAAUCUGGGUGUUUGAAAAGUUACACUUGGCUCUACUGAUAGCAAAAUAAUAAAUUCUGCAUCUAUGGCACAAUAGUGAUGACUUAGGGUUAGGAUGUAUGUUUCAUUGCAUGGGUUACUUUCAUAUUGUGUACACUGAGGGGUUUUUUUGUGGCCCAGAGGCAGAAUUUAUGACAUGACUAAGCCACAGAUUUCUAAAUAUUCAGUUGGUAACUGUAACCUUUGAAUCACCUGCACUGCACCGCGUCUGAGACGGUCCCUCAGCAAUACUGAGCAAGAAAAAACGCACUGGAAUUCACUGCUGUUUGUUUGUCUCUGCUGACUUCCUCCUGACAGAUGCAAGAUUGUUUUUAACAGAUAGAUAUUUUUAAUUACACACGGUCGCAUUUAUUUUACCAUGCUUAAUUUUUAAUGAGCUUAAAGGUUAAACAACGGGAACGAGGGAAGGAAAAAGCUGACUCAUCUGAAGGCUUAAGGAGCAUGAUGGUGAGAAACAGAGAGCCUUCCCAGCUGUCUCGUUGUUUCUUAAUGCAGUUUAUUUUUCUUACUCCACAUUAAGUUAACCCUUGACGGGAACCACUUUGUGUUUCUUUACCAGAUGUCUGUGCUUUUUUUUAAAAAAAAACAUGUUAUCAUGUGCGCUCUUUGGGUUUAACUCAUUGUUGUGAGGUGCUGGCUGGAGUUGUAAGCUGCUUUUGCUUUUUCUUGGCUGGUUAUUACCGACAUUCUUGCAGUAAGGACUCACAGUGCAGCGACUCUUUCUCUCAUAACUCAAGAUAUUAAUAAAUAACAGAGGUCAUGGAGAGUUUUCUACUGUCACACAAACUCAGCUCUGCAGGUGGUGAUUAGCAUCUAACUGCAACAGAAAAGGCUGAACCAAAGACAAUGAUCAGUACUCCUUUAAUAUAAGUUUGUUGCUGUUUCAUGUCUUGUAGCAGAAUCUGUUUUUUAUUAAGAAAACCAAAGUGUACCCAGUUUAAUUUUUGAUAUGGAGAGUGCAGGGCAGCCAGUGAGAUCAAUAAAUCCUUUUUGUCUGAAAAGAAGACAUUUGAGAUACACAUUAAAGUAGACAUUAAAGUACUUGAUUUCAAGAUGUUCAGAAGGGAGGUAAAUGAGAUUUCCAAAGUUUGAAAGCAAGCAAAAGAGGAGAUAUGUGUCCAGUUAUAAAUAAAUCAAAUAAUUAGUUUAACUGUGUUCUCAUUCAUGUUGAGAUUUUCAUGCUAAAACGGUUCAAUAAUUGACACUGUGGGCAAAAAUGCCAAGAAACGUCAUAACCAGCCAAUCACUGUAAACGCUUGGUACAUUUUGAUUAUUGCAAGCACAGCUGUUACGAUUCCGCUGCUUCCUCUGACUGAAUCGCACUACCCGAGGGGUUGGAUCUGUACUUCUUGGAUCCAACAAAGAUUUCAAGUCGAAAGAAUCCCAGUUGUGAUUUGUGGCCAUUAUAUUUCACUAUAGUAUUUUUUUAUUUUUUACUUUUUAUUUUUUAUAUUUCUAUAUAUGCAUUUAUUUAUGGUGCUUUUUAUGAUGUUUGUUCAUAAGCCUUAAUUUAUUCAGUUGCCAUCAAUGACCAAUAAAUAAUGAAAAUAAUUAAUGGAACUUUUUUUUGUUGGUUUAUUUGGACAAAAACUCAGAGCUUCCUGCACGGAGGAGAAAGUCGAUUUUUUUUAUAUUUGAUACAUAAAUCCCAACAGUAGAAAACUGAAACAUUCUUCUGUGAUUUACAUAUUUGUAAGCUUAACAGAACUUUAACAAAAUAUGACUGGUGUCAUUCUAUACUUUUCCUCAUAGCUCAAAAAAGUCACUCUUUUUACACAAAUCUUCUGGCUCCUACUUCCUGUAGAAAUCAAAAAUAUAAAAGUUCAGCUUUUAAAGUGAAAUUUAUGCUGUGGUUUUUACCAGAGAUGUACUGGUGAGUGUUUAAGGAAGCAAGAUUGUGUAAGUGGGAAUUCUGAUUUAUUCAUAUAAGGCCAAAUCACACAGAUCAAGGUGCUUCAUAGUGUGAGCUAAGGACCAUCAGAUGAUCCCCUACAAGCACUUAGUGACAAUGAGGAGGAAGAACUCCCUUUUAAAAAGGAAGAGAGGGCUGACCUAGGCCAGUUGAGGUUUGAGGGUUAAGUAGGGCAAGACAGGGAGAAUCACGACCAGCAAGCAGGUCCAAACACAAACUACAGAAGUUAAUGACAUGCAGCAGUGACCAAUAAAUACGUGUAAAGUGGAGAGUACUCAGUGGAUCAUGGGAAGUCGUCUAGCAGCAUAACUAAGGGAUGAUUCAGGGUCACCCAACUCUAACUAUAAACUUUAUGGAAAAGGAAAAUCUGAAGCUGAAUCCUAAAAAGCAAUUCAGCACCAGUAAACUACACUGUUCAGCAUUUUUAAUAGCUUCUGUUCAGAAACUUAUGGCACAGAGGAAUAUUAAUCUUGUCUGAUUUGUCUUUUAAAGACCAGUUAAAAUAAAAACUGAUAGUGUUUCAAAAGCUGAUGGCAACAUAAGCAUAAAGCUGCUUUUCUCCAUGUUUUUAAAUUAUAUCUUUGCUGUAGGGAAAAAUAGUUUCCUUUAAACAGUUUAGGCAUUUUUUUUCAUGAAAUAAUUAACAGGAAAAAACCCCUCUUUAUAUCAAUUAAUGAUGAAAAUAAAUGUUAGUUAAAGCUCAAUACUGAAUAUUUCCAACCUUAAUAAUAUUUCUUAAUUAAAUAUAUUAAAAUUCUUAUUCCUAACCACAUUCUACAUCCCUGAACAAACUUAAACUACACAUAAUGUUGACACACAGUUACUUUGACCCCAAAUCAUUCACAAUAAAAAAAAAACAGAUUUCAAAUAUUAUACGUAGGA